AAAGUAGUGAGAAAAAAACCAUGGCAACUGCUUUAAAUAUCAACUUUCCACUUCACACAAAAACGGGAUAUUCAAGGCCGAAGGUUUGGACAACCAACUUCUGACUUCCAUGACAGAUAUGGAGGCUACCAAAACAGAAGCAGACUGUCUCCAAGCUCAAUGUUGGAAUGCUUACACAGAGGAUUAACACAAAUAGGCUUCAAACCAGAAUUUUGGAAGAAAAUUCUUGAUCCACAGAAGUCAUUUCUUCAGCAAUGGAACAAGAUAUUUGUGCUGUCCUCUGUCAUAGCAGUAGCUGUGGACCCUCUCUUCUUCUACGUCCCAGUAUUUGAUAAAGACCGUCAAUGCCUAACCAUGGACCAAGAUCUUAUGACCAUUACUUGUGUUCUUCGUUCAUUCAUUGACUUGUUUUAUCUACUUCACAUGAUCUUUGAGUUUCGAACUGGUUUUCUUCCCCCUUCUUUGCCUGUGUUUGGAAGUGGUGAAUUAAUUGAAGACCCAGCAGCUAUAGCAAAGAGAUAUCUUUUCUCAAACUUCUUGAUUGAUAUCUUAUCCAUUCUCCCACUGCCUCAGCUUUUGGUAUUAGUAAUCAUACCUGCAGCGAAAGAUCCAAUUCCAACAAAGACAGAGAACAUCGUGAAGAUUGCGGUUCUUUUGCAGUAUAUUCCUAGGCUUCUUCGAAUUUAUCCACUAUACAGAGAAGUAACCAAAAACUCUGGCAUACUGACAGAAACUGCUUGGAGUGGAGCUGCCUUCAAUCUUCUUAUUUAUUUGCAAGCUUGUCAUGUUGUUGGUGCCAUUUGGUAUUUGUUAUCAAUAGAACGCCAAACCAAAUGCUGGCUUGUGGCAUGCAUGAAAGAUGACUGUACAGACAAUUUUUUGUACUGUGAACGUCGUAGUAAACCAAUGUCCUCUUCUACAAUCAAGUUUUGCUCUCCUAAGAAAUCUAAAGAUGACAAGACAAAGACCUUCGACUUUGGGAUGUAUGCUAAAGCCCUUGAGUUUGACUUUACCAAGACGAGUUUUCGCCACAAAUUCUUCUAUUCAUUCUGGUGGGCUCUGCAAAAUGUCAGCUCAAGUGGACAAAACCUUAAAGUAAGCAACUACAUGGGGGAGGUUCUUUUUGCUGUCUUCAUAGCCAUCCUUGGUUUGGUUUUAUUUGCCUUACUCAUUAGCAAUGUUCAGAAAUACCUUCAGUCAACAACUGUUAAAAUAGAGCAGAUGAGAAUCAACCGACGAGAUAUCGAGCAUUGGAUGGCACAUCGUAUGCUCCCGGAGGACUUAAGGCAGCGUAUUAGACGAUACGAUCAAUACAAAUGGCAGCUAAAUAGAGGAGUUAAGGAAGAGGAACUCAUUACUAACCUUCCUAAAGACCUUAGGAAAGACAUCAAACGCCAUCUUUGCUUGUCCCUUCUUAAAAAAGUGACACUUUUUAGCAACAUGGACAAGCAUCUACUAGACUCGAUGUGCGAAUAUCUCAAGCCAGUGUUAUUCACAAAGAGGAGCUUCAUUCUGCAAGAGGGUGACCCAAUUGAUAUGAUGCUAUUCAUCAUGAAAGGAAAGCUAGCUAACAUUAUAACUUUUGGUUGGAACAACAAGCCUUACACGGACAUACUUAAAGCAGGCGACUUCUGUGGUGAAGAGCUAGUUCAAUGGGCAAUGGAUCCAACCUCCACUUCUCUUCCCAUUUCAGCUAGAACAGUUGAGUCUCUUACUGAGGUUGAAGCCUUUGCUUUAAAGGCUGAUGAGCUGAAAUUUGUGACCAGUCAGUUCCAUUUCCAGCGCCUUAAUAGCAGGCAAUUUGAGCACAGAGUGAGAUUCUAUUCUCAUCAAUGGAAAGUUUGGGCAGCCUAUAAGGUACAAGAAGCUUGGCAUGAUUACGUUGAAAGAAAGAAGAGAGGGGGUGGAGAUGGUAGAUUUCAAGAUGCAUUGGCUAAAACAGUUGGUGUCUCGGCGAGCUUUGGCGCCACUCUAUAUGCAUCCAUGUUUAUAUCAUAUCUGUUGCUUGCUGUGCAGCGUGAUCAGCACCAGAAAACUGCUCCUUUCACACGAGUGAUGACGCUACCGCCGCCUCGGAAGCCAGACGAUAAGCAAGACGAGCCAAACUUCACCAUCUUGAAUCGUUAAAAAUGUGUUGUUUCGCUCUUCUUCGUGUUUGAAGGUUUGUGUCUAUUUGAUCUUUGAAAUUUGAACUCAACUUUGAAAUGUCUAAUAGAUC